AUGGCAGAAACAGAGGUACCCGAAGAUGUUGUUAUCUUCAACAUCCUACCUAGGCUUCCCAUAAAAACCCUAAUCCGAUUCACCUCCGUUUCGAAACGUUGGCGUUUCCUCAUACUAUCCGACCGCAACUUCGCCAGAACCCAACUUAGGGUUUCUCGUGAGCACCGCCACAGACUCCUCCUCGUCACCCGCACAGAGUACUCUCCGUCACCAACUUAUAAGCUCGACGUCCUAAACUUGCGACACGUGCCGUCGUCGUCCGCGGCUCGAGAUUUGAAUUUGCCGAAAACAUUGCUUUGUCCACUUGGUUCAUUCAACGGCUUGGUUUUUAUCGUGGACGAUUGUGAGAACCUCUGUGUUUUGAACCCGGCCACCGGAUUUUUAAAGCAGUUUCCCGGCCCAGGUUUCCCGAUCGACGAAUGGCUACUCUAUUGCGGCGUUGGCUAUUUGCCGGCCGCCGACGACUACAAAGUCGCCGUGGCGGUUAACUGGGAAAGAGGGGUUCAUGUUGUGAUUUUCUCUCUGCUAGAUCGAAACUGGAAAACGAUUGAAACCCCCGGCUGUGUUCAUUUUCAGGGAACUAUGGGGACUGUUUUGAACGAGGCUCUGCAUUGGGUAGACAAGCUUGAUGUGACGGGGAUUCUAGCGUUUGAUUUGGAGAAGGAGGAGUUCAGGAUAAUGAGUGUGCCUGAUUUAGAAUUAGAUGACUCUGUUUAUUACGUUGGGGUUUAUGGUGGAAUAUCUCUGUGUUUGUUGCGGUACUCCGACAGUGAUAGAAUCGAUGACAGUAUUGAUUUCUGGGUUCUGACAGAAUAUGGGGUGCCAGAUUCGUGGACAAAGUUGUUUAUUUUGAAAAUGGAGAUUUUUCCUAACCUUACUACGAAUAGGACUUGGGAUGCACGAUACUUGGUUAUGGAGAAGAGUAAAGCUGCUGUGGUGGAGGUGCCGGGAUCGGAAAGGAGACUGCGUUGUUAA